AAGCUGGGUUUGAAUAUAUCGUUCCAGCCCCAGCCGAUGGCCCUGCAAUAUAUUCUCAUGCUGAUAUCGAUGUUUCUAGUUAGAGAGGGCGCCACUGUGCAAAACGUAUCUACGUUCUACGCGCAGGCGUAAAUCGUUAAAACAGAAUGUCGGAUCGAUUGCGUUGCUUCUACUAUUCGUUUAAUUUAUAAGUUAAUAUAAUAUUUAAAUAAUGUAUUAGCUAAAACAUUACUAUAUAAGAAUUGCUCCUUGCUGGAGCUUAACUGGCCGCCAGCCAGCUUCACGAGGAGGAGUCCCUGAUGGAUCUCAAGUUUUUCGCCAUCCCCAGGAAACCACUUCUGGCGGUGAGCAUGCGACGAUCAUGAUCGAUGACAGGCCAACAUUAGUUGGAACCGCUUCUGAUAGUGACACGCGCUGUGAUUCCGUUGGUGGAGACUCCACUACGAUGGCUACCUACGGACAAAAAGAGGACAAAAAGUCGUGGAACUAGACGGCUCCCGCCGUCAACUAAGCCACUGGCAAGGCGCGAACUCUAUGCUACACAGUUGUGUGGCUGCGUGCACGCGAACCCGUUUUCCUUCCUUUGUGUCUACUUUGUCCAUGUCGAUUUCGUUUUCAUUUGCAGGCAUUUAUUUAGGCUUCGCUGCAGUGAUGCAAUGGAAGCCAUAAAUGGUGCAAACUUCCUAGGCCUACCAAAAUGCGUAAAUAAUGUGUUGAGCCAGUUAACCAAAUGCCAAUGCCGAGUGCCGCUUGCCUCGCGGUCUGACGCUUCCGGCCCGCUCUUGGCCGGUUCAGUUUGAUGCAGAGCAGACAAUUGAUAACCCAAUUCACGACCCGAUCAGGCUCAGACUGGCCUGGCCUGGUCUGUCCAGAGACGGCAUGGUCAGGAGCGGCGUGGCUUAUAUAAAAGGCUUCGGUCGCCAAUUGAUGCACAGAUAACAUCGAGCACUCGAGCUGAUCCUAAGCAAUGCAGACCCAAAAGAUUUCCCGCUGCCUAGCAUUGGUCCUGCUGUCCCUCAGCCAGGUCCGUGCCCAGAUCAUCCAGCCACUGCGUUAUCCGGGCGGACCGGUGCACCCGCAGCAGCAGCUGCAUCGACAACACCGCUCCCUCUUUGGCCCACCCGGUCCACCGGUGGAUUGGAGCAGCGGAGGCGGCUGGGCCAGUCCCGCUCCCAGCCUCGGAUUCAGCCCCCUGCCACCCUCGUCGAGCCCGCAUGUAACAAAGGACGAGCUUUUCGCUCUGCUGGCAGCCUGGAAAGAUGUCGAGUCCAAUCCGACUCCUUCACCACCACCCGAGCCGGAGGUCGAGCCAGAGCCAGAGGUGACAACCACUCCUCCUCCCCCCGAGGAGGAGGAAGAGGAACUAGAACCGGAGGCACCAGAACCGGUCCCAGAGGCUCCAGCUGGACCUCCUCCCGGUGUGCCGGUUACCGUCUCGCUGCCAGCCUUGGUGCCCAUUCAACUAGCCGCUAUGUGGCAGACGCCAGUGCCUGGCGCAGGAUCCGCCGGUCUCGGUCUGGGCGGACUUGGUGGUCUUUCUGGUCUAGGACUGGGACUUGGUGGUGGCUUGGCAGCAGCCGGCGCUACCGGUGUCGCUGCAGGAAACGGACCAGCGGCUGCCACUGCCCGCACCACUACAGUCGCGCGAUCACGAGCCCGGGCACGGGUCGGCGGUCAGUCCUCAAACGCCGCCUCUAUUCGCUUUCCCGUCGCCAAUCCACGCAGCUUUGCUUCUGGCAACUAUGUGGCGCCCAGACCGCGCUACUAUCGCGCCGCUCCUUCAGAGCCGGAGCCCAUGCGGAUCGAUGUGAUGCCGUCCCCAGGGUAUCUGAAAUAUGGUCCAGGACCGGCCCAGGUCGUUCCUGCAUAUUGGCAGUAGUAGCCGGUUCUCUAGUGCAUUCCUUGUUAUACUCGUCCCUCUUCUUCUAUCUAAGCUUUAACAGUACAAAUAUACACACACAUACAUAAAGGCUACGUAAAUCCAUAUCUACAUACUUUCAUACAUAGGUACAUAUUCAAAUGU